ACGUCGACGUCAGUGCAGUGCUGUGUUCCUAUCUUUGCCACGCGUUGUGCAGUGAUAUUUACCUAGGAACAAUACGAAAAAUACUCGAGAAGCAGGUAACGUACGUGCAUGCAAAAAUGAUGCAACGUUUGUUGUGCUGAUAGAAACAUACACGUGGCUCUUACGUACGAACGAACGGCUCGAGCAUACUUAAGGUUAAGAUCUGGUGUGCAUCUUGCGUUUGCUUCGGGAAUCUAGUGCUACGUGGCAGCACCGUACAAUACACCUAAAGCUCGAAGCACCCCCAAUCCAGCCGACACGGUACUAAGGAUUGGCGCCUCUUUCGAAUUUCAAAUUUCGAAAUGUAUAUCACGUAGAACAGGUAGAAGAAGCGAUCGAUAAAGCGGAGGCAGCGAUGGCGAGACGAUGUCGUAAAAGCAGAGGCGACGGUGAUACCACGGCGCCAGAGCGGCUGUUGAGUAGCAUCGCGGGCGGGUCCUUUCUUCUCUUCCAUUAUCGUAAUCUGCAAAUUUCGUGGGCACCGUGAUGAAGAACGGUUGGAGGUGGCGCGGUUUCGAGUUAAACUGUCCGAGAGAGUAGAUAGUUUCGGGGAUAGACGGAGAGGAAGAGGAAAGCCAGUCGGGAUGGCUGAUCGUGUGAAAAGGAACGAGAAAGGAAGGGUAGAGAGAGGGAUCCGAAAGACGAGACAGAGGAAGAGGAAUCGCAAAGUCGGUGGCGGAUUGGCGGCCUAAGGCGCGGUUGCAGAUUCCCGGCGUGAUGCCGGUGAUUCGCGGCUUUGGUGCCCAGUAAUCGUCGGUCCCCUUACCCGACGUAUUCCUCCUCCCUCGCAUCUUUGCUCGGGAGAAUCCACCUCGUCCCUUCUUCUUUCUCGUCGAAUUCGCUUCUCCGCACUUUCGUUCGCCUCCCUUUGCUUCCCUUGGCCUUCCCCGGGUCUCUCCCUUCGCCUCCCGUAGGCGUCUCGUACCUGUUUCAUCCUUUUGAUAUGGCGCGGGCCCCGUUGUACAGCGAGCGAAGGAUGAAAAGAAAGAAGGGGGGCAAUCUUGCGGUAAAUACAGCAAUCGCUUGAUGUGCCGUCCGCAUUAAUAUAAUUAGUCACCCCGAGCGCUCGAAAGCGACCCGAUGUUUGAGAAGCCGACUCUCUCCACUCUGCUCUCUUGCUUCAUUCUACUCCGCUCUGUCCGCCGUGCCUUGAUUCUGUUCGAAGUAUCAAGAGGCCGGGGGGCACUGCGUGCAUAGAAUGGCGCCAAAGAAAAUCGAAGAACCUGAAAGGAAGCCGCUUAUUGGCCGCGUAGGUACCAAUUUGAAAGUUGGUAUAGUAGGCAUACCUAACGUAGGAAAAUCAACCUUCUUCAACGUUCUCACGAAAAGCCAGGCUGCUGCUGAGAACUUCCCCUUCUGCACCAUCGAUCCCAAUGAAAGUCGCGUACCCGUUCCUGACGCAAGAUUCGAUUACCUGUGCGAAUAUUUUAAGCCAGCUAGCAAAGUUCCAGCUUUCUUAAAUGUCGUGGACAUUGCUGGCUUGGUCAAAGGUGCCGCGGAAGGACAAGGCCUGGGAAACAAUUUCUUAUCGCACAUCAACGCUUGCGAUGGGAUUUUUCAUCUUUGCCGAGCGUUCGACGACGACGACGUUACUCACGUGGAAGGAGACGUGAAUCCCGUGAGAGAUCUCGAGAUAAUUAGCGAGGAAUUACGGUUGAAAGAUAUCGAGUUUUUAAAUGGUCAUCUGGAGAAAUUGGAGAAGCUCGUUGUCCGAGGAAACGACAAGAAACUAAAGCCUGAAUACGAUACGCUAUUGAAAGUGAAAGGUAUAAUGGUGGAUGAAAAGAGGCAUAUCAGGUUUGCCGACUGGAGUGCUACUGACAUCGAGGCUCUCAAUAAAUAUUUAUUCCUCACGUCAAAGCCAGUCAUUUAUUUAGUUAAUCUGUCCGAAAAGGAUUACAUACGUAAGAAGAAUAAAUGGUUAAUCAAAAUCAAAGAAUGGGUUGAUAAGAACGAUCCAGGAGCUAUUUUAAUCCCAUUCAGUGGAACUUUCGAAAAUAAACUUUUCGAUAUGGAUGACGCAGAGCGUGCGAAAUAUCAAGAAGAGAACAAAGUUACUAGCGCGCUUGACAAGAUUAUCGUUCAAGGAUACAAAGCGUUGCAAUUGCAGUACUUCUUUACAGCCGGGCACGAUGAAGUGAAAGCAUGGACGAUCCAGAAAGGUACAAAAGCACCUCAAGCUGCUGGGAAGAUUCACACAGAUUUCGAGAAGGGAUUCAUCAUGGCUGAAGUCAUGAAAUUCGACGAUUUUAAAAACGAAGGAUCGGAAGCAGCGGUAAAGGCCGCCGGAAAAUAUAGGCAACAAGGGCGAAACUACGUCGUCGAGGACGGAGACAUCGUUUUCUUCAAGUUUAACGCUGGUGCUGGAUUAAAGGAUGCUAAGAAAAAGUGAUGGCACGUUUUACUCAUGUUGUUGCUCGUUCAUCUGUACAUCAACAUGAUCGCCAUGUUUUGUUGCACGCGCGAUUUGCGCAUGAAACGAUCAAAAUCGCUUUCUGAUACUCCUUAAUUUCACUUUUCGUUCAAUUUAAGAUCGUAUAAUAUCAUAGUUGGUAUCGAUAGUAACGUUUUUAUAGCAAGAUUUCGAAUUCGACUCAAAUAGAUAUUUUUAUAUGUUCUAUUACGCUAUAAAGAUAAAAUAUCCUAUGCUUAUACGAUCAAGGUAAUUUGUCAAUUCUAUCGUAUCAAUGUUGGUAAUUACGUAUAGAUAGUACAUAUACCAUUUCUUUUAUUUUAUACAAGAUCUUAACUUGCAUUUCUAAACAACAAUAAAUGUAAAUAAAUGAUAAGAGCUUGAUGAUAAUAAUACGCUGCUUUCUACCACUCGGAAUAACCAGUAAACCACAAAACGAUCAUUGUACGUUUUCUAAUGUUUCUUUGUAUAUUUCCAUAUUUAUUCUAAAUAUAUUUCUUUAAAAGAUAA